AUGGGAAACUGCUGCCUCGAGAGGUCUCAUGGCGGCGGCGGUGCUGGCGCCGUGCAUUGCGCCAGGACGAACCCCGUGUGGGUGGAGGACAACGACGUGGGGGACAUGAAGGAGGAGGCGCGCAAGGGCGAGGGCGCUGGCCACGCGCCCGCGCCGGCGGCGACCACGGAGGUGAAGAUCAGGAUCACAAGGAAGCAGCUGGAGGAGCUGCUGCGGCGCGUAGAGGACGGCAAGCACGGCGGCGGUGGCGGCGCGCCCGUCCAGGAAGUCAUCUCGGAGCUCCUGUGCGUGGCCAGCACUAGCUCCAACUUCCGGCACAGGGAGGAGGGGCAGUGGCGGCCGUCGCUGCAGACCAUACCCGAGUGA